AUGAGAAGUAAAUCCAUCUUAGCCGGUGCAGUGAAUGUUCCUAUUGAACCUACAUCUAAUGUUGAUUCAAGAACGACAAAUAAUAUUAUAAUCAAAAAUUAUAGUUCUGAGAACUUGAAAGAUAACGAGCCAGAACUUAAGUCGGUAAAUUUAAACACAGCUUCAAGCGCAAACGCUAAUAGUGAAGUUAAGUUAGAAUAUCCACCUCCAUUAGAGCCCAUAAUUUCACAUGAUGCUCAAGAUAACCCUUAUUCAACUAUUCAAACAAAUCCUUCAGAUAACGUAGACCAUUACCUCCUUAAUUUAUACCAAACAAUAUUACUCAAAGACGAUAAGAAGCUUUUGACAAAUCUAAUUAGUAAGAACCAAAUAAUUUUAACAAAGGAGGAUUUAGAAAAUGUUAUAUCAAGAAUAACAGGUAAACAGUGCGUUAUUGAUUAUCUCGACCCCGAAAUCGAAUGUUGUGGUCAAAUACCAGUAUUCAUGAAAAUCGGUAAUAUUAGAAUAAUCGAAACACCAGGAACUACAGGAGUUGAGUUUAAGUAUAAAUAUUCGAAUGAAUACACAAAACUUUCAACAGAAUAUAAACUUUGCUUGAAAUAUGUUUUAACAAAUUAA